UAUAUACGGCAAAAAACAGGUAGUUUUAAAACUUCCUAAUCCUUGCACAAUUCAGCCUUGGCUAACGCCGGCGAGUCCGACAAAAAUGACCGGCGACACUUAGACGACAAGGAUGGAAGACGCCUUCAACACCCAUGCUUCCACAACCUACCGUAUCAGCUACCCGCCUCAUACUUGCAUCCUUCCUCCAAUCAAGUUCCACCAGCUUCCUGCCAUCCAGCUGCGGGACAAACCCAAGUUAGCACCGCGAGAAUUCCCCAUCUCGCCAGCGGGUCCCAGUCGUGGAUGGGAGAAAGGAACGGGGCAGGUGCUGCUGCCAGAUAUCAAGUCAUUUAUCGAUAAACCAAUCGUCCGAGAUCCGCCGCCCCAGAAAAAAGUCAUCAACCCACCACCAGAAAAGCCCAAACCGCGUCAAAAAGCGGACCGCCAGCCCAAAGCCGACAACCACGAACCUGACGACCCUCUUCAGAGGCUUGCUGAGCCUCUGCCUCCCGUAGUACUUCGGUGCACAGACGGCUACCCAGAGAAGAUUGAGGAAGGCUGGGUGGAGGAACUGUGCCGAUCCUACCACUGGAAGACGUCAAGCAAGGAAGCGGCAAAGGAAGGGUGCUUACGGGUCCCCGAACUCAAACCACCUCUAACCACCAUGGAGCCCCGGUCUGAUUUCUUAUCGUAUCGUUCAAUGAGAUACGACUCCCGUCAGUUGCCUUGGCAACGAGUUGCACCUGUGUGGGACCGCGUGCAAGAGCGUCCCCAUGUUGGAUGCAAUGUCACUAGUCGGCUAAUUGGCGGUGGAGCAGUCAAGGCAACAACGGAAAAUGCCAAGCAAUCGGCUUCCAAGAAGAAAGAGGACAUUGCCUUAGAUGAUAAGAUCCUGCAGUUGGUCAGGGAGGAAAAAGUUCCCAGCAUGUUCGUACGGAAAUGCCCUGGUUAUGCCGGUUACGUUCCGAGAUCACCCUUAAGGGUUUCCAUGGAGACAGCUAGUAUCUUUCCCGAUCAGCGCACCAUGUCAACCAUGAAAUCCAGCUACAGGACCUUUCCCACCAGAGAAUACGCCGUCAAGGAAUUCGCGCACAAGGGACCACUGUCGAGGACAGUCACGCUGACCUAUCCGUACAACCCGUACAACAAGGUGGAGAGUCGGGCGGAGGAAAUCGAGCACAAAUGGUAGACGACCACAUCUUAUCGGAAUUCGAGGAAAAGACUUUAAAAAGAUGGAAACCAACAUAUUCUUUGAAAAAGUGAGAAACAAAAAAAUCCUCACGCAGACCUAAU